CGAAGAUUAUUUUGCGGUUUUCGGCCCGAGAUUCCAGCCACACUUGAUAUCGAACUUCCAUAAUGGGUAAUACCAACACGCGACAAGUCUGUCUAUUGUGUCCUGCUCGCAUAGCCAUGGAUCCAACAUCCCGCCUUCCAUUAGAGCUCGUUCAAAAAAUAUUUCGGCACUACUUAUAUGAUCGCGAGAUCCCCGUUCAAUCCUUUGAUCAUUCCGAUGGUCUUUGGGUCCUAGGACAGGUAAAUAGGGCCUGGAGAGAUGCAACGUUCUCCGAUCCAUCUUUGUGGUCGUCUAUCAAUGCAUCAUUCGCAUAUGGUGACCCUCGCAGGAUUGAGAACAUCGAUGGUACACGGGGCGUAACCCUCAAUGAUGGCGUUGUUAAAAGUCUCACGUACAUUCUCGCUCACUCAGAAAAUGUCCCACUCUCUCUCUAUCUUCGCUUCUUCGUCCGAAGUCCUAGUGAUAAGGCCUUCCCAGCGUGGAGAAGCUUUUUCUCCCUUCUUAUAGCACAAUGCCGUCGAUUUCGAUCCUUUGAUUUUGUAGUGCCCACUGAAAUCUGGGAUUAUUGGACCAGGACCUCACCACGCUUUCCACUCCUCAAGGAGCUGAACGAUAUAUUUGACACUGAUUGGCUCGUCCCAGUCAUGUCGACUAGAUUUAUGCGUCACAACAUGCACGCCGAUGAUGUCGCUCCCACUUCUCGUAUUCAGAUGCCGCAGCUUCAUCGUCUUGCUGUGCACACUCAAUUCUUCCUCGAUUCUAUCACUGCACCAAACCUGAAGUCCCUGAUAAUGACCGAUAGCCCUUCUGCAACGACUUCCACCCAUGCACCGCCUCUAGUUCACUUCCUCCACCGCUCUAAAUGUGCUCUGACAGAUAUUGAUUUUUCUUGGCGUGGUACCCUUGAUGAGCUCUUCACCGUACUGUCCAGCCUGCCGAUGCUUGAAUCGCUAUCAUUCCGCAGCGACUUUGAGAUCGCAUUUUAUGAGAGGAUGAAGUUGCCAUCCUCGAUAUUACCCAUGCUACGCGCAUUCACUCAUCAGCUCUAUAUUUCUGUGGAGUGUCAGCUAUGGUUACUCGGUCGCAGUGGAGAUGUCACUCCCAUCAUCGAUAUGGUCGAGUCUAGACUUGGGGGUGGCACGCUAGAGAGCGUCAAUAUUAGCCGUGUGAUAGCGAGGGAUUUCAGCGAAGACUCGGAAGUGCAGAGGAGACUAGCUGCUAUUAACGCAUUAUCCCAUGUCAAGGUUGAUAUCCAUCAACUCACCGUAGGAUCCCAUUUCUCUGGUGGACCAUACCUGUAUUGGUGACGCAUACCAAGUUCGGGAAAUUAUGGUGUCUAUAUAACCCUUGCGGGCGAAUUGUUCAUCAUCACAGGUUCUUUCGCUUGUUUUCUUCAUGUUUAGAACUACUUCUCUCGUGGAUAAUAAGACGUACGGAGUGCCCUUCUGCGAAGUUUUUCGUUGGUUAAUAGGGACGUUCCAUCUGGGAGACGCUGAUCUUAAUUAUCACCCGGUUUUCGUUCUGAGCUACAAGCGUGUAGUAAACUCUACCGGUGCUUCAUCAUUCAUGAGAUGGCCAUCAUGCACAAUGCUUGUAUUUCGUGGCGGUGGGCCUUUCCAGGGCCGUCUCGUCGAGACUUCAAGUCAACUUCAAGCGCUGUAGAAAACAGUCUUAGCGAGG